UUUGCGGAGUCCGGAUGUGGACGUGGCACAGCGCUGCAGCAGUUCCGCUGAAUGUCCGCUUCUGAUACCGAGAAGGGAUUAGUGAGCAACACCCCGGGACGACAUCGGCGUCUUAGUUUGUCGGCCACCGGGCUUCACAAUUUGCAUCAAAUCUAGGACAGCCUUACUAUUUACAUCACUUUGGAGAUUUAGGGAUGAACUGAGGAUGAAUGUAAACCAGCACACGCCAAUGGCCUCUCCAUAUGGCCAGCCCCAGCCUGGUUAUGGCCAGCCUGGUUACGCUCCCCUGGAUGGGAGCUAUCCAGCACCCUACGCACCCUACAAUGGCCCUGCGUCAGCCUAUCAGCCUGGGGCUCCACCGCAAGGUUACUCUCCUUUCACAAGCUUUCCCUCUAAGGCUUUGGCAGCCAACCCAGUCUCUGACCUCCCCUCUCCUCUUGACUUAGGUCCUGCCAGGGGUCCUCCUACCUCUGGACCCCCGCCUGUCUCAGCACCUCAGCAGUACAAUCAGUACAGUCAGAGUCAAGGGAGCAUGCAGAAUGGACCCCCACCUCCUACACAGGCACCACCCAGACCUGCUGUGUCUCAGCCGUACAACCAGGGUGCUAUGAACCUAUCGGGGCCGCACCCUUCUUAUCCCCAACACUAUGGACCCCCAUCCACAAUGCAGCAGGUUACCAACCAGAUGACGGGGAUGCAGAUCACCUCUGGACCACCAACCGCUGCUGGGCCAGGAUAUGCUCCACCUCACAGCUCCCAGCCUCCCGUCAGUACUGGGUACUCGGCCGCAGCCCAGGCCUCCUACACCCAAGCCCCGCCCCCCGUGUCCUCUGCUCCCACCCAGCCGCCACCUCCCAGCGGCCCCGCAGCUCCUCAGCAAUAUUAUAGCGGCCCACCGCCUUCUUCUCAACAGCCAUUCAAUUCCUCUCUUCCCCCUACCUCUCAGCAGCAGCAGCAGUUCACCUCUUCUGUAACUCCACAGCCUCCUCCUCAACAAACCUUACCUCCAUCCUCUUACUCGGGUCCGGUGCCUCCACAAAGUCAACCUCCUGUUCCCCCAGUGUCCCAGGCACAGCAGUCCUUCCCCACACCCCAGCCCCCUUUCUCUUCAGCACCUCCACCUGUCAGUCAGUCUUCCUUUGCUACUGGCCCCCCACCUUCUGCCCAAGGCUCCUUUCCACCUCAAGGCCCCCCUCCUAGCUCUCAGCCUGGUUCUUUUCCUCCUCCUGGCCCCCCUCUAACCUCAGCCCCCUUUUCCCAGUACCCAGGUCCCAUGCCACCCCAGCAGCAACCCCCUCCAUCUCAGCCAUCCCCCUAUCACUCAGGGCAACAUCCUCCUAGACCUCAAAUGCCUCCCACUUCCAUGGCUCAGAGCAAUCACCUGCCUCCAGGACCACAGGGCCCACCAGGCCCUCCUGGGCCACUACAGCAGCCUCCAUCUCAGCCUGGGAUGCAGACAGGAUACCCUCCUCAGCAGAAUGGUGCUUUUGGGCAGGUAAGAGGCCCUCAGCCUGGGUAUUCAGCCCCUUACCCUGGGCAACCAAACUAUGGAGCGCCAGCUCCUGCUCCACCUGCACAGAAAAGACUUGACCCAGAUGCCAUUCCUAGCCCGCAAGCGUCUGACAUGCCGGCUGUGCAGAAACCGAGACAUAGAAUAGAUCCAGACGCUAUCCCAAGCCCAAUCCAGGUAAUAGAGGAUGACAAGGCUAAAACUACCGAGCCAUUCACCACAGGGGUCAGGGGUCAAGCCCCACCACUGGUCACCACCAACUUCCAGGUUCAAGACCAAGGGAAUGCCAGUCCCAGGUUUAUUCGUUGUACAGCCUACAACAUGCCUUGCACAGCUGAUAUGGCAAAGCAGUCUCAGGUGCCAUUGGCUGCUGUCAUCAAGCCCCUCGCCACGCUGCCACCUGAUGAGCCCCCUCCACUCGUGGUGGACCACGGCGAGAGCGGUCCGAUCCGCUGCAAUCGUUGCAAGGCCUACAUGUGUCCGUACAUGCAGUUCAUAGAGGGAGGUCGCCGCUUCCAGUGUGGUUUCUGCAGCUGUGUCACAGAGGUGCCUCCACAUUACUUCCAGCAUCUGGACCACACCGGUAAGAGGGUGGACUGCUACGACAGGGCGGAGCUUUCACUGGGCAGUUAUGAAUUCCUUGCGACUGUUGACUACUGUAAGAAUAACAAGCUCCCUCAGCCUCCAGCCUUCAUCUUCCUUAUUGAUGUGUCCUACAACGCUGUGAAGAGUGGCAUGGUCAACAUUGUCUGCCAGGAACUCAAGACCCUACUAGACUGCCUGCCCAGGGAGAAUCCCGAAGCGGAAUCUGCAGUGCGAGUGGGUUUUGUCACCUACAACAAGGUUUUGCACUUCUACAACGUCAAGUCGAGCUUGGCCCAGCCCCAGAUGAUGGUGGUGUCAGACGUGUCAGACAUGUUUGUACCCCUGCUUGACGGGUUCCUGGUGAAUGUAAAUGAAAGCAGACAAGUUAUCGAGAGUUUGCUGGACCAGAUCCCAGAGAUGUUUGCAGACACCAGGGAGACGGAGACGGUGUUUGGACCCGUCAUCCAAGCGGGACUGGAGGCACUAAAGGCUGCUGACUGUGCUGGGAAGCUGUUUGUGUUUCACACCUCUUUGCCCAUCGCGGAGGCCCCAGGAAAACUAAAAAACAGAGAAGACAAGAAGCUGAUUGGAACAGACAAGGAGAAGUCGCUAUUUCAGCCUCAGGUGGGUUUCUACAGCUCUCUGGCUAAGGAGUGUGUAGCCCAGGGCUGUUGUGUGGAUCUUUUCCUCUUCCCCAACCAGUAUGUGGAUGUUGCCACAUUAGGUGUGGUUCCCGUCUCCACUGGAGGUUCAGUCUAUAAAUACACAUACUUCCAGGCUCAGUCGGAUCAGGAGCGAUUCCUAAACGACCUCAGACGAGACGUUCAGAAACUUGUUGGAUUUGAUGCUGUUAUGAGGGUGCGAACCAGCACAGGCAUCCGAGCAACAGACUUCUUCGGCUCCUUUUAUAUGAGUAACACCACAGAUGUGGAGCUGGCAGGCCUCGACUGUGACAAGGCCAUCACUGUUGAGUUCAAACACGAUGACAAGCUCAGCGAGGAGACGGGGGCGCUCAUGCAGUGUGCUGUGCUGUACACCAGCUGCAGCGGCCAGAGGCGUCUCCGCAUCCACAACAUGGCCGUGAACUGCUGCUCUCAGCUGGCUGACCUGUACCGCAACUGUGAGACAGACACAAUCAUCAACUACUUCUCCAAAUACGCUUUCCGUGGCAUUCUCAGCAACCCCACUAAGGCAGUGAGAGAAACUCUGGUGAACCAGUGUGCUCAGAUUCUGGCGUGCUACAGGAAGAACUGUGCAAGUCCCUCAUCUGCUGGUCAGUUGAUUCUCCCAGAGUGUAUGAAGUUGCUCCCGGUUUAUCUGAACUGCGUGCUGAAGAGUGAUGUGCUGCUACCUGGAGCCGACGUUUCAUUGGAUGACCGAGCUUACCUGAGACAGCUGAUCAGCUGCAUGGAUGUUGCAGAGACUCACGUCUUUUUCUACCCCCGCCUGCUGCCAGUGAUGAAAUUGGAAAGCGGUUCGUUGCCGGUGGCAGUGAGGGACUCGGAGGAGAGGUUGUCGAAAGGAGGAGUUUACCUGCUGGAGACCGGGCUCCACCUGUUCCUGUGGGUGGGCGCCAGCGUUCAGCAGGAGCUGCUGCUCAACAUCUUUGGCACGCCGAGCUUCAGCCAGAUCGACUCAAACAUGACAAGUCUGCCUGUUCUUGACAACCCCAUCUCUCAGGCUCUCAGAGAGCUCAUUUAUUCUUUCAGAGCACAGCGAUCACGAUACAUGAAGCUGAUGGUGGUGAAGCAGGAAGACAGGGCCGAGCUGAUAUUCAGACACUUCCUAGUCGAGGACAAGAGCGCCAGCGGGGGAGCGUCAUACGUAGACUUCCUGUGUCACAUGCACAAGGAGAUCCGCCAGCUCCUCAGCUAGGCCCCCCCCACUGCAAAUUCCCACCUUCACCUGUAUGAUCCUCCACCACUACCACCACCACACAGAUCCACCCCAGUCACCUUUCCAUGUGAAAGAAAGCUCUUGAUCUUUAUUUCCUUUCCUUUUUUUUUUUUUAAACCUAAUAAACUAAAGCUCCCCUUGCUGUCUGUCAGCUGAGCACCAGAGACCAGCUGGCUAGAUCACAUGUGUGCGUGACAGUGCGAGUGUGUAUCUGUGUGUGAGUGAGAGAGAGAGAGACAGAGGGGGGAUCUGAUGUUAAUAAAGCUUUACUCUGCCUCAAAUCUGCUGCUCCACAGCAGCAGGAGCGAAAUAACUUAUGAGGGAGAGUAAUGUACAUACAAAAAUGAACAAUUACGUAUGCAACAGACUGACGGAGAAGGCGUAUGCCGGCUGUAGUUGGUGUAAUGUCUGUAUUAAAAGCACUGAAAGGCUGUUUUGGGUGCAUGAAUGACUCUUGGAUAGCAAACACUUUUUAUAUGACUAAAUCCCAUUACAGUGAAGGACAUAGGGAAUUGAAUAAAUGCUGUUCUUUCUGUCUCUCAUCCACUAUAAUCAUGGCCUUAGUACCCCCUUCCUCCCCUUCUGUUCCCAUGCUGCUCCAAUCAUCCGUAAUGUGUGUGUGUGUGUGUGUGUGUGUGUGUGUGUGUGUGUGUGUGUGUGUGUGUGUUUCCAGAUGUGAGAGGAUUAGUGACCCAUUGCCCAGUUUUGUUUUGUUUUUUAAAUCUCCUGCUGUGUCUCCAGGUGCGAGCAUCUGACUUUAAGCCCUCGAUUAACAACUCAAACUGGAGUCUGAUGUGAUCUUACCAACAGGAAGCACUGAAAAUAAAGGUGCAUGUAAUUUCUGUGACUGCUGAAUCACUACAGUAAUCGGAAAUUCAGAUUGGUUUCAAUCAGCUUCAGUUGAGUUUCGCUCACCGGGGCGAGCAUCUGUCUCUCGAGACUGUCAUGAGAGGAAGCUCUCAUUAUUUCCAGGUCUAUGCAGCACUGAGAAAAGCCAGAGACAAACUGAAGGGGAAAUGAAUGAGGCGUGUGAAUCUAUUAUUUUAAGCGUCACAGUGAGGGGAAACGUGCUCCCGAUCGCUUUGUUUGUUGGGCGAUUGUUGAAGGCGAGUAGUGCUGCAGACUUUAUAUUAACCGAAGGCGUUGAUGUCUGGGUUUGUAUGAAAGCAGGCAGAGAUGAGCACAGAGCGGCAGCAGACGUGUGAACACCAGUGAAUGUUUGCAAAGUUUUGGGUUGCCUCCGCACUGAAGUUGACAAGCUGUUCAGUGUGUAAAUAAAAUAUAUAAUCUGUACAGAAUUAAUAGAAAAAUAACGAUUUUAAAGGCCUGCCUGAACGGCUGUGGUUUGUUGAUGGUUGGUUUGUGUCACAAAUAGCCUAAAUAUAAAAUCAUGGCUUUUACUGAGGAGAGGAAGACGUGGUUUUUCUUUUUUUUUCCUUUUUCUUUUCUCGAUAUGUCUGCGUGAAUGUGAGGUGUGCGAUUGUGUGAAUGUGGGGUCGGUCCUGGUGAAUUUCUCCUGAGGAACAGAGGGAUCAGCCAACACACACACACACACACACACACACACACACACACACACACACACACACACACACACACACACACACACACACACACACACACACACACACCACCCAUGAGGUUAAACUCGGUCUUCAUUUAUCACUUUGUUCCUUUUAUAACGACGUGACUUUGUGCUCUGUGUGUGUGUGCAGCCCUCUGUUCCGUCUUUAUGUUCACUGACUUCGAUUGACCCGCCGUCUUGACUGUAAUCUUAAUUUCUGUUCCUUUAUUCUUUCUUUUUUUUCAUUGCCUCUUGGGACUGCUAAUAAAAUGAUUGUUUAAAGUGAAA